GGAGUGCUUUGAUUGUGAGUUCCUGCAUGGCAGGAGGUUGGACUGGAUGGCCCUUGGGGGUCUCUUCCAACUCUAUGAUUCUAUGAUCACUUGCUUCCAGUCAAGUGUAACUUGUGAAUUGGGUUGGGUUGGUUUGCUCAGAAUUUGACACUUCAGCCACUCCUUUCUGUUUCAGAUGUUUUCUGGCCAUUAUGAGGUUAAUAAAAUUGUAUUGGAAAGGUUUCAGUUCUAACAUAAUUGCUCUCUAUCGAUCUCUUGACUUCUCCCCCCUUCUUUUUAAAAUAAAAUGGCUCUACCGGCCCACUCCAGGUUUUACAGUGUUUCCUGAUUGGGUGCCAAAAGUAGACUCAAAAGUGACACAAGAGCCAAGCAGCUUAUGCAAGCCUAGGCAGCAGAGACGCAGGAGAGUAGCGUUUAGCUGAGUCUCAGCUGUCCAAGGGUUUUAGCAGUUGUAACCAGGAGCGUAAGAAAUAUGCCAGAGCUGAACGUGCACAGUGUCCUAGUGACUGGUUCCAAUAGGGGUAUCGGCUUGGAACUGGUCAGGCAGCUGGCUGGGAAAACCAACUGUCCAGAAUGGAUCUUUGCCACCUGCCGGGACCCAGAAGGACCAGGUGCCCAGGCCUUGAAGAAUUUGGCUGCCGAGCAUCAGGGAAUAGAGAUCAUCCCACUAGACACUUCUGAGGCAUUUAGUGUCAAGACUGCCGCAGCCAUAGUCACUGAGCGGCUGAAAGGGGCUAGCUUGAAUUUACUGAUCAAUAAUGCGGGAAUUGUAAACCAAAGUACUCUGGAAACUGCAACACCAGAAGACAUGUUGAAGGUCUACAACACCAAUGUGAAUGGGCCCAUGAUGGUGACACAGGAAUUCCUGCCCUUGCUGAAGAAGGCAGCCCAAGAAAGUCCCCAGAAAGGGAUGAGCUGCAGCAAAGCUGCUAUUGUCAAUGUAACAAGUGAAUGCGGUUCUAUUACAAACCUCUUAGGGUGGGAACUUGCACAUAUCCUCAGUUAUCGUUGCAGUAAGGCUGCUCUGAACAUGCUUACUAAGUGUCAGUCCCUGGGUUAUGCAAAAGAUGAGAUCCUGUGCAUUAUGUUACACCCUGGGUGGCUACAAACGGACAUGGGAAACCAAGCGAUGCUGGCCCCCAUGACAGUGGAUGAGGGUGUGCGGAAGAUCCUGGAUACGCUUGCUAAUCUCUCUGAGAAAGAUACAGGCACUUUUGUGGACUUGGAUGGGAAAACUCUUCCCUGGUGAAAUGUUCCUGCACUGCUACAGGCAAAGAGGAACACAUUCCUAUAGUGAAGGAGAAUGCCUGACAACCUCGGCCAUCAAUCAACACAUAUUCUACUGCAGGGUUCUUCCAUCUAGCUUUCCUAUGUCCUAAGCAUCCUUCCAGUUGGAUACUGUGUGAGCCUCCUCCUCCAUUUUUUUUCUUUUGUAUUCUGCAAUUCCUAUGUCACUGUUCUCCCUUUCAGGCCCCAGAGGUGCAAAUCAAGAUUACUGGAUUAAAAGUUAAAGAUGGGAGGUGUAAUGGAUAGUUGACUUGGCCAUGGAAUGAGAAAUAAUGGGAUGAAGAUUGGCACAAUAAAUCAUUUGCUUGUCUCUUA